GCGACAUGAUUUUAUCGCUGUCAUUUUUCACGUGGUCGACAUAGUGAACAAGUGUUUAAUUUUUGUUCAGUGUUAAAUUUAUUCACUUUUUGAAUAGGACAAUUUCAUUGGUUUUCGACGAUUACCUGUAACCUGUUUCGUUUUGAUAUGUAUCUACGACGUGGAUUGUCGUAUGUUAUAUUUUGCACAUUCUGCGUUAUAGUAUUAUUUGUGAUUGUUCAGAAAUAUUUUGAGGUUAUAAAAUUGACGCCUACAGCUCCCGUAUUCUUAUGGCAUGUGAAUAUCACUGAAAUCGACAGAAGAAACUUGUUGAACCUAAAAUCUUUCCAAUAUGUAAUAAAGACCAACUGCCAUGCUAGUUUACUCAUUUGGAUCGUAACUUCUUAUGCAGCAGAUGUGGGAGCUAGAAGUGCUUUGCGCAGAGCAUAUCCCAACUCAGAAUUGCAAGAGUUUGGUAUCCAGAGAAUAUUUCUGUUAGCGUUGUUGCGAGAUGAGAUGCAAAGUGAAAACCACAUUAGCCAAAGUGCUAUUUUGCACGAAUCAAAGAGACACAACGACAUAAUUCAGGGUAAUUUUUUUGAAGCUUACAAGAACCUUACUUAUAAACAUGUCAUGGGCCUUAAAUGGGCCACUGACCACUUAAUUGAUGUAAUAAAAACAGUUAGCGUGUCUGAUGAUCUUUUAAUGGGGUAUGUGUUGAAAAAUAUGAAACCAAUACGUGAACCUAUGAACAAAUGGUUUGUUACUUAUGAUGAAUUCCCUUCAAAUUCUUAUCCAGACUUUUUAUCUGGCUGGUUAUACAUAACCAUUCCAAAAACAGCUCGAACCUUAGUUAAUGCUGCCCAGAUUUAUCCAACAUAUUUUUGGAUAGAUGAUCUAUUUUUAACAGGUAUUGUAAGGCAAGAAUUAGAUAUAAAAUUAUAUGAUAUGCAUGAAAUAUUCACAACAAACCAUGAAUAUUUGAAUUGCUGCUUAAAAGACAAGGAAAAAAAAUUUCAAUGCGACUUUGCUAUUGGACCAAAUGGAGGAGACACAGAGUUACAAGUGAAGUUCCAAAAUUUUGCCAAAUACUGUACAACUAAUUGUUUUCCACGACCUGAACACUUUUCAGUAAAUAAUACUUGCAUUGUUGCUUGGCAUGACCCUUCUUUAGGCAGAGGACAGGCACAGAUAGUUGCCAUCCAGUAAUAGUAUCUUCAACUACCCAGUACUUAGUUCACUUAUUUGUGUUAAAUGAGCAGUAUGACUUUAAUUAGUCAACAGUUUUUAUUGAAAAUAUCGAUGUGUAUUGUACAUUUUAUGUUCAGGAGGCUGAUUUUAUUUUUUUUUCUUC